AUACGUGACGUCAUUAUCUGUUCUGAUUGCUAUUGGUUUAUGUAUGGCUCUUAACAUAUCCUAUGCCACUUUAUUGACGCCUCAAGAGCUACUCUCAUCACAACCGAUUAUAAUGUUGAUCGGUGAUAAAGUUCUAGGAUCAUGGUCUAAGUUGGUUCAUCUACCUAUCUUAAUUUGCACCCUUUCGGAUAUCAACAUUAUCAUCUUAAUAGUUUCAAGGAUGUUUUUCUCCGCUGGUAGAGAGAGGCAGUCCCCUAGUCUUUGGGCAAUGUUGAAUGUACGGUACAACACCCCAUCCCCUGCUAUUUUGGUUAUGCUGCCCAUAGCUCUCAUUCUCCUGGUAGUGGACAUCAGUCCAGUGUUGUCCACUCUUGGUCCAUUCCAAUGGCUGACCAGUGCAAUGGUGGUGGCUACCCUUCUCAUCUAUAGAAUACGAUACCCCAACCGGAACAGACCAUUUAAGGUUCCUUGGGCGUUUCCUUUCAUCUACAUCCUGUACUGUAUAUUUCUGACGUCGCUAGCCAUCUACAACAAUCCUCGUGUUCUUGGCCUAGUUCUUGCUAUCAUCGCCCCGGCCUUCCCACUUCAGAUCAUCCUCAUCAGACUCCAAAGACCAAGAACAUUUCUAAGAGCUGUCGGAAAUGUGACCCGAUUUCUUCAGAAGCUGCUUCUGGUUGCUAAACCUGAUGAUAGUGGGCAAGACAUAAACCUUUAAUCCAGAGAAGGGAACAGACUGGUACUUCACUCAGAACUUUUCCUGUUUGAUAGCUUCCUGGGGGCCGUUUCAUAAAGCUGUUUGUAAGUUAAGAGCGACUU